AAAGAUCAUCUUUGCUGGGAAAAUAAUGGUACGAUACAAUCAUUGCUGGUUGAUAUACUUUAACAAUGGCAAAGCCAGUGCCGACACCUGUAUGGAGCAUUUGUACACCCAGGAUCUUCUCUCUCCUAGAACCAGCCAAAACUGUACUGAUAGCUGGCUGUGGUGGAGGCUAUGAUUUCCUCAGUGGAAUUCCACUCUAUUUCGCCCUCAAAGAGAAAGGAAAGACACUUGUCCUCGCCAAUCUCUCCUUUACAAGCCUCACAUCUAAAGUCAAAGACAAGGAGUACUGUAACAUGUGCUACAAGGUAUCGACGAAAUCCAAAGUCGAUCUAAGUGGACGCAACACGUAUUUCCCCGAGUUGUAUUUGUCGCAGUGGUUUAUGGAUAGUUUCAAGGAAGAUGUCCCUGUGUUUACCUUCUAUCGAGAAACUGGUGUGUCUCAAAUGUCUAAAGCUUACACCAAGAUUUGCAACGAAUACAAUGUUGACGCUAUCGUGCUGGUGGACGGAGGAACGGAUAGUCUUAUGUUUGGUUUCGAGAAGACAAUGGGAACUCCUGUUGAAGAUCAAACCAGUAUCGUAGCCGCUCAUUCCAUUGAGUCUGUCCCCGUGAAAAUCUUGACUUGCCUCGGUUUUGGAAUCGAUUCGUUUCACGGAGUAUCUCAUGGAUUGUUUCUCGAGAAUGUGGCCACUUUGGAGAGGAAUGGAGGCUAUUUGGGUUCGUUCUCUGUGUCACAGCAUUCUGCCGAGGGGAAGCUCUUCAUGGAGGCCUAUCAGGCAGUUUCAAAGUGUAUGCAACCUUCGAUAGUGUGCUCUUCAAUUAUGUCUGCGAUGCUCGGUCAUUUUGGUAAUUAUCAUUCGACUAAACGCACUGGUGGCUCAAAACUGUUUAUUAACCCACUGAUGUCGUUAUACUGGGCAUUUGAUAUUUGUUCCGUGGUGGAGCAAAUACCAUAUUCAAAGGAGCUUUUGGAGACAAAGUCGGCUAAUGAAGUCAUGAAGAUUGUUGCUGAGCACAACAUGAAGGCUCACACAGAUAAGACAAUUCGUGAACCUAUAGCACUUCCCAUGUAAUUAUUACCAAAUAAGUAGACAGGCAGGUAUUAUCUUUUGUAUUUUCA